UCAUAUGGCCGCCAUUUCAUUGUGGUAUACGCGGCAUCCUUGAGGCUAAUUUGAAACUUCUCCACCGUUUCCUGUUCCUGAAUUUCGUGUCUACCAGCUGCUGUGAUCGAAUUAAGGCUGCUAAGUCGAUGACGGUAUUGUGAUCGUCGAAACUUCGGAGCUUCGGAACUUCAGACUUAAAAUUUGCCUUGCUAGCAUAUUGCAAAUUAUGGGAGACAUAAUAGUUGACACUUUCCACUACGAAGCACACAGUCUGUCGAACGAGGCUUUUGAAGUGUUAGUUCAGUUUUUUAGGGAGAAGAAGCUAUGUGAUGUAAUCAUUCAAGCUGGAGAGCGAAAAGUCAAGUGCCAUCGUGUAGUUUUGUCUUCGUGCAGUCCAUAUUUCCGCGGAAUGUUUACGAAUGACAUGAUAGAAUCCUCCAAAGACACUGUUGUUAUUCAGGGAUUAUCCGAAGAAGCGGUCAUUCAAUUGAUUAACUUCAUUUACACACGAAAAAUUACGAUCAGUAUUGACAAUAUUGAAGCUUUACUGACUGCAGCUGCCGUGUUUCAACUGGAUCUCGUUGUUCAUGCUUGUUGUGAGUUUAUGAAGCGGCAUCUUCACCCGUCAAAUUGUUUGGAAAUGAGAGCGUAUGCAGAGCUUCAUGGAUGUAGAGACUUUAUUGAAGCGGCAGAUGCUUACUCAAGAAGUUGUUUCUUGAGUCUUAUGAACACAGAGGCCCUUCUUAAAACCUCUUUUAGACAUUUUCUCGCCAUUAUCUCUGGGGAAGACCUUUACGUAAAACGCGAAGAGCAGGUUUUUGAGGCUAUUAGUGCCUGGGUACGCUUUGACUUGGUUUCACGAGAACAGUUUCUGUCAGACUUGUUAAGUCAUGUGCGGCUUCCUUUGAUUGCCACCGAUUACCUUAUACAGCGUGUGGAAAGAGACAUGAUCAUCAGAAACAAUGUCGCUUGUCGAGAUUUAAUAGACGAGGCAAAGAAUGUGAAACUUUAUCCUUCUUUGGUGAAAGUAAAUAUCAGAGCUCAACCACGCAAGUCCACUUCCGGAGCCUUAUUUUCAAUUGGUGGUCGUGGAAAGUCAGGCGAUCCUCUUCAGUGUAUUGAGUGCUAUGAUUGGUUCCACAACUGUUGGUUCCAGGUAGCAGAAGUUUCUACACCUCGAAGGCACGUGGCAGUAGCUUCUGUUGCAGGCAAGGUCUAUGCAAUUGGAGGACAUGAUGGCAGUCAACACCUUAAUACUGUGGAGUGUUUUAACCCUGAAAUUAACCAAUGGAAGAUAGUUGCGUCCAUGGAAAUUUCACGACGAGGAAUGUCUGCUGGUGUCCUGGAAGGAGUGAUUUAUGUUGCUGGAGGUCUGGACGAAACAACCUGCUUUGAUGCUGUAGAAAGAUAUGAUCCUGAAAAUGAUACUUGGAGCAUGGUGGCACCUAUGCUGAUGCCUCGAGGGGGAGUGGGUGUAGCAGGGCUGGGUGGUUACCUCUAUGCUGUUGGUGGUAAUGAUGGUGCUGCAUCUCUUCAGAGUGUGGAAAGGUACAACCCUCACACCAACAAAUGGAGCCGAGUUGCAUCCAUGAACCGCAGAAGAGCAGGUGUCGGUGUUGCUGUUGUGGGUGAGUUCUUGUAUGCAAUUGGUGGAUUUGAUGACUCUUCUCCUUUGGAUUCAGUUGAGAAGUAUGACCCACGUACCAACCAGUGGACCUAUGUGGCCAGCAUGACAACAUGUAGGGGAGGGGUGGGCGCUGGUGCAAUGGGAGGACGCUUGUGGGCAGUGGGAGGCCAUAAUGGUGAACAAUAUUUGAACUCAGUUGAGUCAUACAACCCUUUGGCUGAUCUUUGGGAGGAAGGUGCACCAAUGCAUGUGUUUCGUGCAGGUUCUGGGGUUGUUGGAAGCUUUUGCGAUGUUGAAGUGUUACGUAAUUCACAGGAUGCAAUUAAUCAUAGAUUAAAAGUAGAUGUUUAAACACUAAGGUAUUUGUCGUCAAGUUGUUGGUUUUGAGAAGGGGAUACAUUUGUACCUUGCAUGAAAAGGCCAAUAUUUUGGCUAAAAUUAGUGAAAUUUUAUUUAAGCAUUCCAUUAGAUGCAAUUCACUCUAUCUGAAGUGAUUCUUAAUAACAAUUUUUUUUUGUUAGUUUUUUGUUUAUUUUGUAUGUGGGAUUGUGCCAACAGGCAAAUUUCCUGGUUGAUGUCAAAACCAUAUAAAAUAUUUUUAUUUAUUUUGAUACUACCUUUGAAACAAACUUUGUAGAGGAAAUUCCACAUUAUGUUAUAUGACACUUGUUAACGCCUUUAUUUUCACAUCUAACUCAUUGUGAUUUUUUUGUUUGGUAUUUUAUUGAAAUGUUUCUGAAAAUGUUUUGGAACAUUCUUUUUACCAAAAAAGGACAUGGGGCAAAAUUUUAUAGUAAAUAAUGAUAGAAUUUGGAAAAAGAGUUGAAACAAAGAGAAAUGAAACAAACAACAAUGCUAAAUUUUUUUUAUGCCUCUUUACAAUUAGAUAGGAGGUGAUGUAUAAUGUUGCUGUGGGGUUGAUAAGAUUGUGAUAAGUUAGAAACAGUAGGAAACUGCAUUGAUUUUU